GUGUUGUGAUGAACGAACCUAAUCCUUGUUGUUAUUUAUUGAGUGUCCCUCAUUUCUUUCUAAAUACCAUAUUGUCUGACUAAAAUGCCAUACGCUAACCAGCCGACAAUACAUGUUAGCGAAUUGACUGAAGAGAGUGUAAAGUUUUACAUUGAAGAUACAGAUCUCAGUGUUGCAAAUGCUAUCCGGAGAGUUUUAAUCGCAGAGGUGCCUACUCUGGCCAUAGAUUGGAUCCAGUUGGAAGCGAACAGCACAGUCUUGCAUGAUGAAUUCAUCGCACAUAGAGUUGGCUUGAUACCCCUAACCUGUGAUGAUGCCAUUGACAAGAUGCAAUACUCUAGGGACUGCACGUGCGACGAGUUCUGCCCCGAGUGCUCCGUGGAGUUCCAUCUCGACGUGAAGUGCAGCGACGAGCAGACGCGGCACGUCACAACGGCCGACCUCCGAUCGAGCGACCCCAGGGUCGUGCCUGUGACAUCGAGACAUAGAGGUGAUGAUGAUCCCAACGAUUAUGGAGAAGUGGACGAUAUUCUGAUCGUGAAGCUGCGCAAGGGGCAGGAGCUGAAGUUCCAGGCCUACGCGAAGAAGGGCUUCGGCAAGGAGCACGCCAAGUGGAGCCCGACGACGGGAGUCUGCUUCGAGUACGACCCCGACAACAUCCUGCGGCACACGACGUACCCGAAGCCAGAGGAGUGGCCGAAGAGCGAGCAUUCCGAAAUCGACGAGGAGACAGCACAAGGGGAGUUCGACUUCCAGGCAAAGGCCAACAAGUUCUUCUUUAACUGUGAGACGUCGGGCGCUCUACAGCCAGAAAACAUCAUGCUGUCAGGAUUGGCGAUACUCAAACGCAAGCUUGGAGACUUGCAGACGCAACUCGGCCAUGAGAUUCAAGCUGACGUGUUGGCAAUCACGUAGGAUACGAUGCAGGCACGAUGCACUGGAAGUCAAUUCACAUAGAGUAGAUAUGCUCGAUUUUUGUCAACUAUUUCGCUCUCUGUUUGCCUUCCACACUAUCAUAUUAUCAUUCAACUUGGAUUGUGCGCAUUUGAUAAAUGAGCAGUUUCGAUUAAGAUAUAUAUGUGUUUAACAUACAUGUCAGAUAGUUCUCUUUUCAAUAGAUGCACAUUGUUGGGAAAUUAUUGUUCUCUUUACCAUAGCAAGCCCACGUCAUUUUGGUUCCAUUAGCAUAAGCAACAUCACUUAAAUUAUAAUGUUGGAAUCAUGUUAGUAUCAGUGAUUAUGCUGUACAUAUGAAGUUAGUUAACUGAGUGUCAAUCUUGCAAGUAUUCACUGAGCGCUUUGAUUUGCACUUUUGUAAAUUUUGUUUUUUCUUAAUGAACAAAGAUGUGGUUACAAUCAUUCCAAUAGCUGCUAGAUUUUUGGAACAGGCACAUGUACAACUGUCAAUAAUAUAAUAUAAUAAAACUUUGUCAAUU